GGGGCCAAUGCUGGAAAGGAAACAGCGGACUCGCUGAGGAGAAGAAAGGAGCCGCCCCCUUCGUCGCCAGCCCCCUCCCCACUUCCCGUCCAGCGCGCUGCUCCCUUCCCCCCGCCUCUGGCCUCUGGGAGCGAGCAGGAGGCAGCCCAGGCGGAGCGGGAGGAGCUGGCAGCGGGGCGCAUGCCAGGCAGGGGUCCUCAGGGCGCCCCAGCCGCCGGCGGCGGCGGCGGCGUGAGCCACCGCGCAGGCAGCCGGGAUUGCUUACCACCUGCAGCGUGCUUUCGGAGGCGGCGGCUGGCACGGAGGCCAGGCUACAUGAGAAGCUCGACAGGGCCUGGGAUCGGGUUCCUUUCCCCAGCAGUGGGCACACUGUUCCGGUUCCCAGGAGGGGUGUCUGGCGAGGAGUCCUACCACUCGGAGUCCAGGGCCAGACAGUGUGGCCUUGACUCGAGAGGCCUCUUGGUCCGGAGCCCUGUUUCCAAGAGCGCAGCAGCCCCUGCUGUGACCUCUGUGAGAGGAACCUCGGUGCACUUUGGGAUUCAGCUCAGAGGUGGCACCAGAUUGCCCGACAGGCUUAGCAGGCCGUGUGGCCCUGGGAAUGCUGGGUGGCAGCAAGAGUUUGCAGCCAUGGACAGUUCUGAUACCCUGGACACCAGCUGGGAGGCAGCCUGCAGCGAUGGAGCAAGGCGUGUCCAGGCAGCAGGCUCUCUGCCAUCAGCAGAGUUGAGUAGCAAUAGCUGCAGCCCUGGCUGUGGCCCUGAGGUCCCCCCAACCCCUCCUGGCUCUCACAGUGCCUUUACCUCAAGCUUUAGCUUUAUUCGGCUCUCGCUUGGCUCUGCCGGGGAACGUGGAGAAGCAGAAGGCUGCCCACCAUCCAGAGGGGCCGAGUCCCGUUGCCAGAGCCCCCAGGAGAUGGGAGCCAAAGCUGCCAGCUUGGACGGGCCUCACGAGGACCCGCAAUGUCUCUCUCGGUCCUUCAGUCUCUUGGCUACACGGGUCUCGGUGGACUCAGCCCAGGCCGCAGGGAACAGCUGCAGGCCAGAGCGUGACAUGCUUUCUUUACCAGACGUGGACCCUGGCUCCUCCAAUUCUCUGGAUCCUUCAUUGGCUGGCUGUGGUGGUGAUGGGAGCAGCGGCUCAGGGGAUGCCCACUCUUGGGACACCCUGCUCAGGAAAUGGGAGCCAGUGCUGCGGGACUGCCUGCUGAGAAACCGGAGGCAGAUGGAGGUAAUAUCCUUAAGAUUAAAACUUCAGAAACUUCAAGAAGAUGCAGUUGCGAAUGAUGAUUAUGAUAAAGCUGAGACGUUACAACAAAGAUUAGAAGACCUGGAACAAGAGAAAAUCAGCCUACACUUUCAACUUCCUUCAAGGCAGCCAGCUCUUAGCAGUUUCCUGGGUCACCUGGCAGCACAAGUCCAGGCUGCCUUGCGCCGUGGGGCCACUCAGCAGGCCAGAGGAGAUGACACCCACACCCCACUGAGAAUGGAGCCGAGGCUGUUGGAACCCACUGCUCAGGACAGCUUGCACGUGUCCAUCACGAGACGAGACUGGCUUCUUCAGGAAAAGCAGCAGCUACAGAAAGAAAUCGAAGCUCUCCAAGCAAGGAUGUCUGUGCUGGAAGCCAAAGAUCAACAGCUGAGAAGGGAAAUAGAGGAGCAAGAGCAGCAACUCCGGUGGCAGGGCUGCGACCUGACCCCACUGGUGGGCCGGCUGUCCCUGGGUCAGCUGCAGGAGGUCAGCAAGGCGUUGCAGGACACCCUGGCCUCAGCCGGUCAGAUUCCCUUCCAUGCAGAGCCACCGGAAACCAUAAAGAGCCUCCAGGAAAGAAUAAAAUCCCUCAACUUGUCACUUAAAGAAAUCACUACUAAGGUGUGUAUGAGUGAGAAAUUCUGCAGCACCCUGAGGAAGAAAGCUAAUGAUAUUGAAACCCAACUACCAGCCUUGCUUGAAGCCAAAAUGCAUGCCAUAUCAGGAAACCAUUUCUGUAUGGCUAAAGACCUCACCGAGGAGAUUAGAUCAUUAACAUCAGAGAGAGAAGGGCUGGAGGGACUCCUCAGCAAGCUGUUGGUAUUGAGUUCCAGGAAUGUCAAAAAGCUGGGAAGUGUUAAAGAAGAUUACGACAGACUGAGAAGAGAAGUGGAGCACCAGGAGACUGCCUAUGAAACAAGUGUGAAGGAAAAUACUAUGAAAUACAUGGAAACACUGAAGAAUAAACUGUGCAGCUGCAAGUGUCCACUGCUUGGGAAAGUGUGGGAAGCUGACUUGGAAGCUUGUCAAUUGCUUAUCCAGAGCCUACAACUCCAGGAAGCCAGGGGAAGCCUGUCUGUAGAAGAUGAGAGGCAGAUGGAUGACUUAGAGGGAGCUGCCUGUACAGCUGCUCCUCCCUUUCCCCCUAGGCUCCACUCCGAGGAUAAAAGGAAGACCCCUUUGCAGGCAUUGGAAGAAUGGAAAGCUCACUUCAUCCCCUCUCUGCACUGUGCUGGAGGUGAACAGAAAGAGGAAUCUUACAUCCUUUCUGCAGAACUUGGAGAAAAGUGUAAAGACAUAGGCAAGAAGCUAUUAUACUUGGAAGAUCAACUUCACACAGCAAUCCACAGUCACGAUGAAGAUCUCAUUCAGUCUCUCAGGAGGGAGCUCCAGAUGGUGAAGGAAACUCUGCAGGCCAUGAUCCUGCAGCUCCAGCCAGCAAAGGAGGCGGGGGAAAGAGAAGCUGCAGCUUACUGCAUGACAGCUGGUGUCCACGAAGCACAAACCUGAGGAGUGACAGGAUGGGGGAGGGAGGUGGGCCACCAUGUUUGGACCCGGGGGGCUGCCCUCCCCUCCCCCUGCAUAACUAAGGUGCCUGAAUCAAUUACGGAGAUACAGAGCCUUGAGGUCUUUCAGUGGAAAGGUGGUUCGUGUUCAUUCUCAUGAGUCUGAAACUGAGGAGUCUGCAAAUUGGAAUAUGGAGAGAGAGACUGAUUUGCUGCAUUUCCUUCUAAAUGUCACUCAAAAAUUUCUUUUCUAUGUCAUUCUUGGGAAUGUCUUGCACAGGAUUUGAGAAUAGUUUCAUCUCAGCCCCCAUUAGAGAGAAGUUGGGGUGAAUUCCGGAAAAAUGUCUCUUUUUCCUGUGCCAUUUGCCUUCUGCUGCAACUAAAAUAUUUCCUGAUUCAAGAUUCUAUAAAAAGGAAACCAAGCAUAAGACUCUGUCAUCAUACCUGUUACACGUUCCUACAGGUGCACAAUCUAAGAGAGCUAAUUAACCUCAGAGUCUGGAGUUAACAGCUUUUCACCUUACUUCUCCUGUGAUCUAAUAUUAUCUUAGAAAAAUUAAUAUGCAAUUUCCAAAAGAUAUUUUGGUAAGACAACAGCCUCUCAGUGAUAUGCCACCUUUCAAUUUUCCUUUUGUGGCAAUGAUUGCAUCUGAAGAAAGGAUCCCUGAGAGUCUCUGUUUCAUCAGGACAUUCUGAAAUUUACCCACAGUGAGGCUGUGGAUGGAUCAGGGGACCUGUAUAAAAUGUUUGAGCCUGUUCCAUUUUCCCAUGGAACCUGUUUCACUCAAUGCCAGGCAGUGCAGCAUUUAGGAAAGCAGUGCAGUACUCAGUAAGGCAGUGCGGUACUCAGUAACACAAUACAGUACUCAGGCAGUGCAGUACUCAGGAAGUGCAGUACUCAGUAAGACAGUGCAGUGCUCAGUAAGGUAGUGCAGUACUCAGUAACAGUGUAGUACUCAGUAACACAGUGAAGUACUCAGUAAUACAGGACAGUAUUCAGUAAGGCAGUGAAGUACUCAGUAAUACAAUACAGUACUCAGUUAGGCAGUGCAGUACUCAGGAAUGCAGCACAGUACUCAGGCAGUGCAAUACUCAGUGUGGUACUCAGUAACACAGUGCAGUACUCAGUGCAGUACUCUGUAACACAGUGCAGUACUCAGUAAUACAGUACAGUACUCAGUAAGACAGUGCAGUACUCAGUAAGGCAGUGCAAUACUCAGUAACACAGUGCAGUACUCAGUAAUACAGUACAGUACUCAGUAAGGCAGUACGGUACUCAGUAAAGCAAUGCAAUGCUCAGUAACUGUGCAGUGCUCAAUAAGGCAAUGCAGCGCUCAGUAAGGCAGUGGAGUGCUCAGUAACACAGUGUAGUACUCAGAAGGACAGCACAGUACUCAGUAACACAGGGCAGCUAGUACUCAGUACUAUAAGUACUGAGUACUUAUAUAGGCAAUGUAGUACUCAGUAAAUCAGUGCAGUACUCAGUAAUGCAAGGGCAUUUCAGGCUCCUGCUGGGCUGCUUCUUUGGCCCAGCUGGGACUCCUAUUGAGACAGCUGCAAAACAGGCUGAUUUCAAUUAGGCAGCACUUCCCAAAGUGCACUGAGGAAGGUGGCCCCAAGAGAAGCUCUCUAAACAAAGGAGUACCCUCUCCGGUCAAGUACCUUUGGUAAAUACACCAUACCAUAAUAUCUGCUUGGAGAACCACAAUGCACAUUAGCAUAUUAGUCUGAGAAAGAACUUAUAGUAAGGAAACUCACUUGAUUUUAUCUAACCUCAAACUUUCCAAGUUUAAUGGAUCAUGAAUUUUUUUCAUGUAACUCCUAUUCAUAUCCCAUAGAUCUAGUAUUGUACAGCACUGCAUUCUCUGAGAAAGUCCCAGUCCAAACUCUGAUUUACAUCACUUUAGAAACCAUGCUCACACUUUUGCAGAGUGUUGAGCUUAAUAACCACCUGCCACAGAUUGGUAAAUUUAAUCCAGUGGUUGUUCUGUUUGUGCUUCUGUUCUCAUUUAUGUGUUUAGGGAUAGUGAAGUUCCUGCCUUCACUAGGAUCCACGGAUAUGAGACCAUUUUUGUCAUUUCCUGAAGUCACACUGGCGUUUCCAGAAGGCAUCUGGUGCUUUGCUCAGCCUUCCAUGCUGUGCAGCACUUCUGUCCUCAGUCAAGGAGAUGGCCGUGCUUAAGCCAGCAGUUGGCUGGGAUCCGGGAAACAAAGCAAAAGCACAAUAUGUGAAUGUGCUGAUUGUGUUCCCUAUGGCUUUAUCUCGAGCAAAAUACACUCUACAUAUUUUAAUAAUAAGUAUAAUUAGCUUGUUCCUGGACUUCAUUUUCAAUGAUGAACCAAAUUCCUGAAUUAUUUAUAAUUGUGUCUAAAGAAAAUUAUGAACUGGUCACAUGGCACUUGGAAUCCUUGAAUUAAUUCCAGUGAAGCAAAACUUGGGAAGAGUCAGGAUUGGCCACAUUGCCAAUAACAAAUUCCUACUUCGACAUAUGUCUUUUCAAAAAGCCUCCCAGACACAAGACAUCUUAACCGUCACUAGCCCAAGUGUUUUGUAUUACUCAGACACCAUCAUGAAAUAAUUCUGUGAGGUCAUGAUGUAUUUGAAAAUUCUGCAAGUUAAUAACUGCCUUGAAUUGUUUGAACCCCAAAUAAGGGUUCUUUGGUACCUCUAGUAGAUAGUGUGUUCAUUUCACUGCUGCAAAUUUUGAAGUAUUUAGGCAGGUGAGUAAUGUUUUAACUCAUCUGUUGUCUUUGCUUGGUCUUAGAGUGUCAUUCAGAAAGUCUUCUAAGGGCCAGAGUGCUUCUUCUGGCUACACAAACUUCUCAGGACAACCCCACUGUCUUAAGCCACUUUGACCCUGGGAGACACAGGACUGUGUAUCCUCAAUCAUACUAUACAGCAGUUUUUGUCAGGGGAACAUAAAAAUAUCCAAGAGAGGUUAGGACUUAGAUUUAAAAGCAUCAAAACAACAACAAUGGAAAUUUAUGUUGGAGAUAGCCAAGACCACAAGCAAAAGCACAUACUGGAAAUGAUGAGUUAGAAUCUGAUUUGACUGGGAUGUGGUGUGAGAAUAUAAGUGUGAUAUUAUACUGUCUGCCUUGCUGGAAUGCUGGCUUUCAAAUGGUCACCCAUUUUUCUUUCACUGGCCUGAGUUAGGACAUGCUGUCUAUCAGUAAUAGUCCCAGUUCCAUCCAACUUUCUGAAAUUUCAUUUUUUUUUUGAGAUGGAGUCUCGCUCUGUCACCCAAGUUGGAGUGCAGUGGCCCCACAAUCUCGGCUCACUGCAGCCUCCACCUCCCGUGUACAAGCUAUUCUACUGCCUCAGCCUCCCAAGUAGCUGGGAUUACAGGCAUUCGCCACCAGGCCCUGCUGAUUUUUGUAUUUUUAGUAGAGACAGGGUUUCACCAUGUUGGCCAGGAGGGUCUCAAACUCCUGACCUCAGGCGAUCCACCCCCACCUCGGCCUCCGAAAGUGCUGCGAUUAUAAGCGUGAGCCACUGCACCUGGCCAACUUUCUGAAAUUUCAAAACUGAAUUGAUCCUUCUCCAAGUUAGUAUAUAAUAUUGGAAACUUGUCUUUCCCUGCAGUAAGGCUUGUUUCCCCACCCCGGAAACAUGUAAGGGUUGGUACCAUGCUAAGCCCUUACCAUGCUAAGCCCUUUACAGUCAUAUCCUAUAAUCCCCAUAUCAACCUUAUAAGGAAGGUGUUUGUAGAUGAUGCAACUGAGCCUUAAGGGGACUAAUUCCCUUUUUCUAAGGCACAGAGCGGGUAAAAUGUGAAGUAAUAGUGAACCUAACAGUCAGAGACAGGCAGCAUGCUCUUAACUAGUGCUCUUCCCAAAGUUCCUUUAAUGUCCUUUUGAGAUUUUGAGCCAUGGAACUUAUUUGUUCACCUGGUUAAGAACUCAUGGCCACUGUGGAAAUCUUGGCUGGGGAGUCAAAGAAACUGAGCCUGGGGCAAACAAGGCUUCCCACACUGCCAGGGGAGCCUCACUGUGAAGUCUAGGCUCAGACAGGCUUCAACAAAUCUAUUCACCCCACCAUCAUCCUAACCUAACCAUUCCCCAGUCAUCCCAGGAACAACCACUCACAGCCUGACACUGGGCUGACUUUCUUGAAGAUCCUCAUCCAAUUGGUGUUUUUCAGAAGUGUUCCAGUAUUAUGAAUUCUGUGUUGUGGAGAAAAGCAACCAUGCAUUUAUUGGUCAAUGCCUUCUUGUAUAUGUAAUUCAAUACUUUUACUUUUAAUAUCCUCACCUUAUCUAAUCUUUGAAUUUUGUCAUAUAAUUUAUUGCUUCAUUAAGGUUACUUUUUGUUAUACAAAAUAAAAGCUG